CGUCGUUUCACGCGCCCGACGUAGACUAAUGCAGUGGCGGAAGUUCGCACGGCUGAAAACGACUGCUACCGGACAUUCGCGCACGCGAAGAAUGCUUUGUUGUGGCCGAAGAAAGGAAAAUGGAAGAUCUGUGCCUGACCUCACUGCAAGCCCCGGGCGGGCACCGCCGGGUCCGAUGCCUUCCCACCAGGCGCAGGCACUCCAGCAGCAGCAGCAACACCAGCAGCAACAGCAGCAGGGCCUGCAGGGACACCAUCAGCAGCAACAGCAGCAGCGACAGGGUUCGAAGGAACCGGUUCUGCUGCAGGGUGACUUCCGGAAGGUGUCCGGCAUCAGUUCGGAGAUCUUCCGGCAGAUUGAGGCUGUGGAAAAUGACCACGAUCCGAGCACCGCGGCCGCUUUGGAGGUGGUGGAGCGAAGGGGCGAAAUGAUAGUUCGCAUCCUGGAACCUCGAUGUAUGGGCAGUCGGCAGGCCAUCGACGCGGGACAGAAGUUCCUCAACAAGAGUGAUGCUAGGCACACGGUACAGCUGGUAGAGAUCGUCAAACGACCGGGCCAGACACUGGGCUUGUACAUCCGCGAGGGCAACGGAGCCGACCGGUCGGAUGGCGUGUUUAUAUCUAGGAUAGCUUUAGAGUCGGCCGUAUACAACAGCGGCUGCCUGCGGGUUGGUGACGAGAUUCUGGCCGUGAAUUUGGUCGACGUAACGCGGAUGUCACUCGACGAUGUGGUAAUCAUCAUGUCCAUACCGCGCCGUCUCGUGCUGGCCAUUCGCCAGCGGCGCGGUAACCGUGGAGCAAACUCGCCCGGUCCGCCGCAGAUGUCACGCCCGGAGCAAAAACCACCGCCAGUCGUCGUCAUCAAGCGCGACCUGCGGGACGAAGAUCUGGACGACUCGGACCGGGCCCCACGUUCCUCACGGUCUUCGCGCGAACGUCGCACCGGCGAUGGUCGCGAAAUGACGGAGUCACGCUCACGUCUCGGGCUGGGCCUAAACAAUUACAGUCCGCAGAGCGAACAGCUCGAUCUGUAUUAUGGCGGUGGACGGGGCCCGGGUGGUCCCGGUUCGGUCGAAACACCCAGCUGGGGCUACAAACCUCCGGCACCGCCGUCAUCGGUCAUCACGGAGCAACCGAAGGGCAUGCACGGUGGCUUUCAGACAUCGCACUCCUACUACCAGAAUGCCGGCACACUCGAGAGCCUGGCGGAGAAGGUGCACGCGUUCUACCCGUCGGCCACCACCAGCCGUCGUAUGUCGGCGGGCCCGGCCGGGGUCGCGAUGAGCCAGUCGCAUCAGCGUUUCCCGCGCAGCGGUUCCGACCAACAUCUGCCGCGCGUCGAGUACGCCGACUAUGCUUCCCUGGGGCGGCAUCCACUGCUGGCACGGUCCAGCCUGAAGUCGGAUCUGGUCGGUGCGGCACCGAUCGCUGGUGGCACGCUCGGACGGUACGGUCGGUACGAUGCACCACCGCAGCCACGCGGGCCCAAGUACGGUCCGUCGCCGCUGGGUGCGACUGCCUCGCUGCAGCGCCGAUCACGCCCCGCCCUUGACUAUUCCAGCGACACGGAGGCCACCAUCGGACCACGGCCAAGCUACUACUACUACAAUCACCCGGCAAUGGCGGCCAGCGGUACGAUGGGCCGUGGCAGCACGCAGGCACUCGGCGGAGGUCCCGAGUUUGCCAAGUUUAACUCGUUGCCGCGCGAACGGCCCGGUGCCACACGGUUGGGUCUGCGGGGACGCAUCGCGGACCGGCUGCAGGACGAGGCGGAUGGGAACGUGUCCGCGCCGGAGUACUCGCUGCCGAUCCGGCGAGAUAUUCGCGACCUGCGCAACCGCAUCACGGCCAGCCCGUCGAUCUUCACGUCCGAUGAGUACCGGGCGUGGUUGAGGCGAGCACCGAGCAGUUCGGCUAUCUGCGAGCAGAUGCGCGCCUCGCGGGACCUGCUCAACCAGCAGCGCGCCCACCGGUUCUCCUGCAGCGCGGAGAACAUCCACGACGUGCUGAAGAACACCGAACACAUCUACAGCAGCCGUACGGGGCUUGCCGUGGGUGGUGGUGGUGGUGGUGGAGUCGUCGGCGGCACGCUAGAUCGGCACUCGAUGGCGGCGGGCGGGCCGCGCAUGUCCUCGCUGCCGGUACGCUCCCUGUCCUCGCAGCACAUCGGCGGACCAUCCUCGAUACGGUCGCCGAGCGUGCGACGCAUGAGGCAGCUGCUGGAGCUAACGCAGGGUGCCGGGGUGGGAGGUGUGCCGGGUUCGGUCGUGGCGGCGCUAACCGGCCAUCAGAGUCCGGCACCGACGCCCAGCACGACGCUGCCGAGAGCGCACCGUCAGAUAGACAUCAAUCCGGCGGAGUACACCAAGUACAAGCUGGACAAGCCGGUCGUGGAUGCGGUCGGCAUGUCGGGCAUGCUCUGGAUACACCUGCUGGCCGGACGUGGGCUGCGCGCGAUGUCCGAAACGUCCCAGAUACAGCAGCCGCUCAUACGCGAUCUGUACUGCGUGCUCGAGUGUGACCGUAUCCACAAGGCGCGCACCGUCGUACGCUCGGGCGACCUGCAGUUCGACUGGGACGAAUCGUUCGAGCUCGAUCUCGUGUGCAACAAGCAGCUGGACGUGCUCGUUUACUCGUGGGACCCGCAGCACCGGCACAAGCUGUGCUAUCGUGGAGCGCUUUCGCUCACGACCCUGCUACGACAAUCACCGAUACAUCAGCUAGCGCUUAAGGUUGAACCGAGAGGCACCAUCUAUCUGCGACUUAGGCACACAGAUCCGUUCCAGCUGUUCCGGCGUCGUGGUCUGCCAAGCCUCCGGGGCAACGUUCCAGCACUGUUCGGUGCUGAUCUGGAGACGGUGGUAACGCGAGAAUCGAAGGGAGCGCCUGGCUGUGCUCCGGUCCCCAUCAUACUGCGCCGCUGCGUCGAGGAAGUAGAACGGCGAGGCUUGGACAUUAUUGGCCUGUAUCGUCUUUGUGGUUCGGCCACCAAGAAGCGUUUGCUGAGAGAGGCAUUCGAGCGGAAUAGUCGGGCGGUGGAAUUGACGCCGGAACACGUGCCCGACAUCAACGUCAUCACGGGCGUGUUGAAGGACUAUCUCAGGGAGCUACCGGAGCCACUGUUCACCAAGUGUUUGUUCCAGAUGACGGUGGAUGCCCUAGGUAGUGUCUGCCUACCGGAUGAUCCCGAGGGUAAUGCCAAACUUAUGCUCAGUAUUCUGGACUGCUUGCCGCGAGCGAACAGGGCCACACUCGUGUUUCUGCUCGACCAUCUGUCGCUGGUCGUGUCCGCGUCCGAGCGGAACAAAAUGUCGGCCCAGGCAUUGGCGACGGCACUCGGACCACCGCUGAUGCUGCACUCGGCGAGCGUCGGCGCCAACGAGGAGAUCGAUCACGCACAACCGAUCGCGGUGCUGAAGUACUUGCUGCAGAUCUGGCCCCAGCCGGGUACGGGCCCGGGCGCACCUACUUCAGGUCGGCGCGGCGAGCCAGUCGAGCCGCGUGGAAACAAAGCCAGUGCGUUGCCAGCGGGCAAAUCGGCGGCGGUGGUGGCAUCGCCGGGGCUGCAGCUGGGCAGCAGCAUCAGUCACCGCAGCAGCAGCAGCUCCAACAUCCAGCAUCAGCUGCACAGCAGCAGCAGCACCAACUUGGCGGCGGCCACCAGCUCCAUCAGCUCCAGCAUCAGCCGCAACCCGCACGCCCUGGCCAGCAGCAGCAGCAGCAGCAACAUCCAGUCGUCGGUACCACCGUCUAUACAGCCCCGUACAGCAGCCAACAAUCCAUCAACCACCUCCUCAACGCUCGGUCAGCAUCUGCUCUCAGCCACUCCCAGCACUCUUCAGUAUCAAUCAGUAGUGGCUCAGUUAGCUCAAUCGCAUCGAGCCUUGCAACAAGCGGGCCAACAGCCCCAUCAAUCGGAGGUCUCAGCGGGCUUGGUGGAGCGCGUCCAAUCGCCACAUCACGCCACACCCUCCCCAAGCUCUAGUUCCACUUCGUCCGCGUCCGGUUCUGGGUCGGGUACUGAUACAAUAAAACGUGGAGCAUCACCUGCCUCGGUGAAGUUCAAGGAGUCUACCAGCAGCUACUCGCUUAAGUCUGACACGCAAAGCCGCAUGUUGGCCAGCACGCGACAGCAUCAGCAGGUCACCGGUGCACCGUACACGAACGGGUCCACCAGCAACGGAACCAUCGGCACGGCUGCUACGACAUCUUACGCGACCGAUCUGCUACAUGCCAGAAGCAGCGGUCUGUUCGCAUCGUCGGCCGGUUCCGACUACCUAUCGUCGACGUCCUCGAUCGCAUCCUCGGUUGCAUCGUCCGCAGCUGGUGCUGGUCCGGCCACAUCCUCCGCUGGGUCCGUCGGUUUGUACGGCAAGGCGAGCGCGGUGCCGUCCGGUGCCGUCAGCUCGGCACCCGUGACCAGCACGCUCAACAUCACCACGUUCAGCCUGGACGAGAAGAACAACCUGGUGGUGUCGCCGUCACCGUCGUCGGCUUCGGAAUCAUCCUACCGGUCGUCCAGUCCGGCCUCGAGCAUACAGCGCGACAAGUCUCCGAACAAGUCCGGUUCACCGUCACCGUUGCGCCGGCAGGAUCCGCUCGAUCGUGCGGACAGUUUGCCUUCCAGCGGUGCAACCGCCUCGGCAACGGCGGCCACCGUGUCGGCGACUCCCUCGACAUCGGCGUCCAGCGGAGGAAGCUCGUUUAUGUCGUCGCUGCGCAGCCAAACGCUCGGCAGUUAUCAGUUCCCGUCGACCAGCCUGAAGCUGACCAGCCAGCUGAGCAGUGGAUCGUCCGGUCAGGACGUGUCGGACGACGGCAGCACAUCGUCGCUGUUGCGCAAACUCACGUCGUCCCUGUCGCGCACAAUCGUGAGCAAUACCGGCACGUUGCCGCUGUCGCUGGGCAGGGAAAAGCUGUCGGAACUGUCGUCGACGGGGGCGGCCGGUACGGCCGGAGCGGGCAGCAGCUCCGCGGGUGCGUACUCGAGCAGCAGCGGCAUCGGUAGCAUCAGCAGCAGCAUUAGUAGCAGCAUCGGUGGAAGCAACAGCAGCAACAACAGCAACAGCGGUGGUCUCCGCACGAUGAGUAGCUCGCUGGGGUACACGGGCAUCGGUAGCGGGGCGUCCGCAUUGGACGGUGGGUCGUCCGGGACCGGGUCCAGCUCGGUAACGACAGCCGCGGCCGUCACGAGCAUGAACAUCUACGGCACGCUACCCAAGAACUCUUCCAUUUACUCCUCGUACGGGGUCGGUUCGGGUACGUCCGUGAGUGCGUCGGGCGGAGGGCUUUCGGGGUUGCUGUCCGGUACGACCAGCUCGUACGGUAUCAGCGAGCGGCUACGGGCGCUCACGACGGGUGGCAGUGGUUCGGCCGACGGGUCGACCGGUGGGUCUGCCAGCAUUGGCGACAGUGGCGCCACCGGGUCGUCCGCGGGCGAUCUCGACAGCAGCGGGUACGAUUACGAAUCGUCCGGCUUUUCGUCCGCCUCGUACAGCGGCAUGGCCACCAGCGGGGCCUCGAUCGGGUCCGGUGGUGGUCUAUCGUCGUCCUACUUCAGCACCGGCAGCAACAGUAGCCCAUUCGCUACCGUGUCCGGCAGUAGUACGAAGGCACCGGAUACGAACCCGUACCGGGUACCGUACGCCUCCACCAACCCUUUCCUGCCAAGCUUUAACCCGACGAGUGACGGUAGUAAUGGUCGCGCCGACUUAAAGACAUCACUAGACGACGAACCAUUCGACAUGAAGUAAGACACUCGCACACCAAUCUCCAAACAGGGUAGCAAAGGGUAACGAACCGAAACCGUCAGUAUUACCAUGACAAACCGCCAGCUAUUUGCCAGUUUUUUUUAGCGAGCAAUCUAUGCUCGUGCCAUAAGUUUUUUAUUGAGAUGUUACAAAACACUGGAGGGGGAUAGGGAAGCAAACAAUCAACUUAUUCUCGUUUUAGUACCAUGGAUAGCGUAAGAUGUACUAACUCGUUGACGUUCACUCACAUACACACGUUCGACUUCAACAUUGUAGUUCUAUUAGAUGAUUGUCAUUCUUGGAGUGAAACUCGAAACAAUUAACCAUCUACAACGUCUUACCGUUAGUGUCGUUUUUCUUACGUUGGUUUCACCCUACACAGCUAUGUUCAUGUUAUUAUUGUGGAGGAUAUUAAUGUGACACUCGAACUCAUCUACGAUCGGAAGAGUUUUGGUAGUCGAAAUUGGCAACAAAAAAAACAAAAAAAAACAAAUAAACUCUUUUGCUUAAUGAUACGUGCGUUGUUGUACUAAAGUAAAAACACAGACAAAACCCGAGUAAGUCGAUAAGAAAUUUAGCAAAUCAGGUAAUGAAGUAGUAAAACAUAUUGCAGAUAAUUAAGCAAAGGAAAUAGUAUGAAAAUCAACAACCAAACGUGGAACGAAAAGUAUGAAAUAAGCCAACGGAAAUGUUAAGUUGAGAAGCAAGCGUAAAAAUGAGAAAAAAAACGAAGUAAACACGUUACUAAAUUCUCGAUAACGAAAAACAAAACAACACACACACAUAUAGACAAAUUUACGUAUAUUCGAUACGCUUUAACCGUGAAUGUGGAUGAAAAGAAAGAAGAUAAGAUACUAAAAAAGGUACUAAAAAAGUACUCGACGACAACAAACGCGUCACGGAUAAAUGACAUUUGUCAUCGUUUGGUAACGAUUGUACAAAUUGGAAAGGUGGAAAGAAAAGGUGCAAUACAACAGAACUCAAAGGUAAGAAUAUUGCAACAGGAAGAAACACUAUUACAAGAAUCAGACAGGAAAAUUAGAAUGAGAAAUGGGAGCGCUUGCGGUAGGAAAGACACAUACAAUAAUAUACAGUGAAACCGAACAAGACUAACACUUUUGGCCGUCGCCAUCUUUUUCGCUGCCCCUGCAGGGAAACCAAACCCGCGCACUAGCACGCUAGUGUGUAUGAGUGUGUUCGUGUCCGUGGUAGCAGGAAAAGUGGCGUUUGGUGGUUUAGGAAGCGAACACAAUUACAAAGCGAAGCAUACAUUUACACGUUUACAUUGAAAGCUGCCUGUUGAAGGGGCACGAGAAAUAAUAAACAAACAAGCACCCUUACUGCUUGCUGCACGGUUAAUCAUAUUGUAUGUGUGGUGUGUGUGUUGGAGAUAGUGAGAGAGAAAGAGAGCUAGAGAAAGAGAGAGAAAGGGAGAAAGAGGAAGUGUAGAUGAAAGAAGCAGAAGAAUAUUAGGACAAGAUAGAGCUUUCGUUCCAUCUUAUGAUUAUGCUAUGGUAGUAGCACACAUACACGAUCGACACCAUAAAAACGAUGAUCUUCUUCAUCCUGCCGGUGUCGGUUUCGUUUUGUUUGUGCAGCGAUGUACGAACAGUUAGUAAUAUUAGCAAAUUUAGAAAUCGAUCCAAAACGCCAACCACGCGUUGGCGUGCGAGUGUUGGUUAAGUUUGUUAGCGCGGUGUUUGUAUAAGUGUGCGUGAGGUUUUUGUUAAAAAUGUGUGUAGGGCAACGGUGCUGUAAGUGGUUGAUUUGCAUUGGUUUUUUUUAUUUUACUUUUUCUUGUAAAUAGUUCACCAAAGUACGACCAGCGCAAAGGGCAGAAGACGAGGGGGGAAAAGCGGAAGAAAAACCAAGGCAACGAAUAGCAGUUAAACAAAAGAAACAGGAAAUCGUACAUACAUACAGGAAGGAUUAGUAUCAUUGUAUCACCAUAGUAGAUCGCUACCUUUAUGCUAUAGGUUACUCUAACGACUAACACACCCAUACUAUUCAACUAUUAUUAACCCCCUUUUUGAGUCGCGUGUGGAGCGAAUGUAGAGCCACAGUUGCCGCCAUCACAUUCCACAUCUAGCCGGUACCAAGAGAGCGAUCCUACACGGAGUACUAAUGUGUGCGCAUUUAAUGUCAAUUUGAUGUCGUGUUUAGCACAAUCGAUGGCUUACGACAAAGAAAGGGACACACACACUCACACAAAAAAGAUUAGAUAACAAUGAGGAUAGUUUGUUGUUUCUCGUGUGCGUGCUUCUGUUGUUCAGGCCGACAGGCCGACAGAAUCUCAUCGAAAUUUGGUUCUUGUGUGUUUAUACUAAAAUUGUUCUAAAUUCUGCUGCCGGUUUUGCUCCUUCCUCAUUCGUGUAGGAGUGUUGUACAAUUUAUUGCCUAAGAAUUGAACCUGAAGGAGUGAAGGAAUUGCACGAAGCGAAGAAAAGAUGGCAAAUGCAGGAAGAAAGCUGUACUCCAAUACACAUUGUCGUGUUAAUAUCUCGUCUUGUACAACUAGGGCGUUGCGCUGUAAGCAUAACGGCACCUCAAAUCAAAACUGUUAUCCCUUAACCGUUUCAACAUUUUAUCCGUGCAACUCCAAAGCGCCACUCAAUUUAAUCGCGCCAUCUAGCUGGAAAGUUAUUGCGUUAGAUUUGGUGCGUGGUGUCUGGUGAGUAUCACCGUGACAGUUGUUUUAAUUUGAUAGUUAGGUUUAUGAACGAGUGUAAUGAAUUGCUGUUUUGUGUUAAACGUAAUUCUACGAUUGUUCCACAGAUGAUGCCAGGCCACAUCAUCCAUUCUAGUACGUACGCGUGGUGUUAUCGUUUAGUUCGUUAGUGUAGUUGGUGAUUUGUUUCCUUCUUAAGCGUCCCUUCGAAACGGAUCAUACAUGUUCACGAGGCAAUAUAAGGAGCAUCAUUUUAACAAACACGAUCAUUACAAUUACGCAAAAGCUUUAACAAUAUUAAAUAAUAAUAUAGCGAGGGUGUUGAAGCAGCGCAAAAAAAAGGGAGGAAAGGAGGGAGAACACGUGCUUGGGCUUGUUGAUUGUGCUUUCUUCCCUUCUGGUAAAAUGGAACCCUAAACACCAUAAUCAUCGUCAUUAGUAUCGUCGUACAUUCUUCCCUUGGCUACAGGGUAACCACACAACCCGUUACGAAGCUAAUGAACUUAACCACUCGAUAUAGAACCCUGUAAAUAAGAGUCAAUUUCGUUCACGGAUCGCCAUGGCGAGUAAAUGCGAGGAAUUUAACCGUUAAAGUAUAUACGGACGGACACCAUACGGACACUCACACCCAAAUGAAAAACAUACACACACACACACGUACACUGACAACAGAACGAAAACGGAGGACAUGUUAGGACAGCACGAAAAUGGACAACCGCUACAAUGGCAACUACGAAUUAGCUCUACUAUUCAUAAUCUAACGUUUUAAACAUACUGUAACCCUCAAGGCAAAUCAAGUCGUGCUUCGUUGGGGGGGGGGGGAGUUUUCGGAGUAGCUUAGGGCCUUAAACACCAACACCAGUAAACGAAAGCAAAGACAGUGAACAAAAACAUUACGCAAACAAAACAAAACACAAAAAAAAACCCGAAACCCACUCCCAGUGGGGGGAAAAUCACAAAUCCGCAUAACCAUUACUAUUCCAACUAACCGUUACUAACCGUUACUACUUGGACAGGUUUUUUCGCAAACCGUUUCAAAAAAAAAACUUCAAUAUUAUCGCUUACAGUGGGUGCGGGAAGGGGGGGAUGGGGUGGAUGGGGACACGAAACCCGAAAGUACCGAUCAUUAACCGAUUGAACAGUAUUUACGUUUUACGAACUGCUAGUUUAGUGAUUGGGUGAGCUGUAACUUCGCUUUCCCCACUCAUUCACACAUCUACACACUUGUUCGCACAACGAUUCAUCGUCUCGAUCUCGUACUCACUACACAUCUAUACACACACAAAAUCCAUCCGGAAAUGGAUGGGAAAGGAUAAAGAUAACAGGGAUAUCUACGCACACAAUCGUAUCCUGAUAACCUUUGGGACAUUGCGAAGGGAACCGUGCACGUGUACUGUUGCAUCGAAUGCCAAUGCUGCCAAUUGUGACAAGCCCCAAGCUGGCCACCAUUUUGAAUGCUGAAAAAUCGCCCGAAGCGUCUCCGUCGUAUGUAUGCCGUCGCUGCGUCGUUAUUCCACUGCUGUUGCUGGGUGUGUGCUGCUGCCGUUCUUCUGUUGUUGGUAAGAAAGAAAAUCUAAUUGUUUGUUAUGUGUACAAUGCUGAAGUGUUAAGCAGCAAGCGAGUAAGUUGCUCCAAUAGAUAACCUUCUCGUUUAUAUGUUAUUGUAUCCAGAUCUGGAAACCGUGCACUACCUAUCCAAAUCCCGAAAAGACGAGCGAUAGAAGAUGAGAUAAUGAGGGAGCGAGACAGAGAGAGAGAGAGAGAGAGAGAGAGAGAGAGAAAAAGAGAAGGAGAAAAAAAAACACAUGCACACCGAAUAUCAUACCGUUUCAUAUCGUCAAAACUCUACAAAUCACAUUCUUACACACCGUUUACACAGCCCCUGCAACACGAAUCUGGUGAUGAGAAUGAUAGGUAUCAAAUAUACAUAUAUAUGUAUACAUAAUAUAUAUAUACAAAUACUUAUAUAUAUAUACUAGCAAGAGCGAAAUUCAACUAACGAAAACACGACCCAAUCAGCAAAUCCAUAAGCGAAAAGAUACGUAUUUCCAUUUCGGUCCGCACGUAAAACAAUAAAAAAAAGAAAGCAAAAAGACAAGUGGUGCAUCCCUGAUGGGAAUGAUCGGCCACGUACAAUGGCAAGCCCUAUCGGGAUGGAGAGGGCACGUGCGCGGAUUUUUUUUUGCGCUAUGAGUUUUAGGAGCUUUAUACAAAUGCCCCCUGUAGCAGCGAGACAGUGGUAGGUAGGGAAAACGGCUGUAAUGUAAGAAUGUGGAUAGGACAUGAUACAUACAGACAGAUCAUUAUUAACCUGUAGAGCGGCACCGUUACCAUUCGAUAAUGCUCCCUGCUUUACCCCACAUUAGGUCUUGCGGAGCACCCAAAUUUUACCUACUUACUCAGUUCCUUCGCAAAGGUUAGACAGGAACGAAAAGCAGACCCAGAAAAGUAGGCGACAUCAACAGCAUAACAGCGAAAACAGUAUCGCCUAAAGGUAUGCAAUUGUGCAGCAGAUCUGAUUGUCUCUCGACUCGUGGGUACUAGCUUAUCUGUAGCACGCUAUAAGGCACAAAGAACCAUACCAUAUUGCAUACUUUUGGGUGGUUCGCGCGCAACCUGUAACAACCGGUUGGGAUAAACCUUCGAGGGGUAAGGUGUACAGCUAGACCAAACGAAAGAAGAGUGAAUGUUUUCCCAUAUUACACAACCACACCAAUAUAUGAAUAUUCACCCAUUUCCCACAUGCAAAAUGCACCCGAAUGCUUCUUGACCACUUCUCCUACCGGAUCAAUCUUGCUGUGUAUCAUUUCAUGUCGCUCAUUUGUGGAAAAGAAACCCGUACAUUAACAUUCGUUCAUUGUUUGCAGCAGCAAAAUGAAAAAAAAAACACACACACACACACACAAAAGAAACGCAUUUAUGAAGGCAAAUCUAACUCCAAAAACCAAAGAAUUCAAACUGUAAUUAAUGGAACAAGACACAACAGAUGCUACUUACCGUAAGACAGUGAAAACCUUUGAUGAAACUAUAACUUGGGCGCGCAAAACUUACAAGUAACUACUGACUUAAACGGAAAGAAUCAACAAAUAGUUACAUCACUUCCCACGAGUGAUUUCGAGCGGACACACAUACAAACACAAUUUGGUGAAAGAUAACUCGCGUGUAUACCAAAGCUGAUAGCAGUAAAGUAUGAAUAAAAACUACAACAACCAAAAUGAAACAAACAAAAAGAUAACAAUACAGACGAAACAACCGUAUGUAAGUAUCCGAUAAUGUAGCGUUUAAGUUAUGAUAGGUUGUUGUUUUAUUUUUCGACGUACAUAAUGCACUUUACGACUGGUGAACAGGAUUGUGCAAACAAAGGAAAAAACACUUCAAUCAAGUGAAGAAAAUCGAAAUCCAGCAAUACGGUAAAGUCUAAAAAAAACAUACGGAAAUAACAAACAAACAAAACCAAACGAAAACACAUGGAAACAAACGGAACAAUCAGCCUACAGCAACUGAACUUUGCAUUUGAGUAUUUGCUCGCAAACGUAAAAAGAAACAAAACUCGUUUUCUACACCUAAGUAUUUUCUCUUUCUUUUGAAGGAUCUUGCAACCGUUUGUUGCUACUCGAAGCGAAGCGUAAAGAACGGGUUUCUUUAAAUCAUUUGUCAUGAAGCAAUGUUACACAUCUUUCUGGUACCAGGCAGUGUGAGGGAUGUACCGGUUCUGCAAUCCCACCAAAUUUGCCACAUCGUUUUCAAACACAAAAGUGAAUACAACCGGGUAAUUAUCGAUCCACCGGCAAGCAGACAAGCGAAAAGCUAGGAUGCGAAUGGCGAAUUUAGCCACCGACGCGGUGUGGACAGCGCGUUGCAGUUUAAGUUUGUCACGCGAAUUGCAUACCUUUUGGCGCAUACCAUUCCAUUGCGUUUGAAGAGCGGGCAGCUUUGUGUAGGAAAUUAUUCAGCUAAAGGAAAAGGUCCUCUUAAAUCUGCUAAGUUUCGCAGCAAAAUCGUUACGUUGAAGUAAACCGACGUUGCUUUUUUCGAUCGCUGCAAAAAGGACUUUAGCACUAAGCGCAUCACGGAACCAACCUGGAAGGCAUGGAAUGUGUGUGAUUGUUUCUGGCCCAACGGCAGGUGUAGUAGGAAACGAGAUAACAGAAACCGAAAAAAAAUAAAACUUUAAACAACUUUACACAAUCGUUUGCAAUCCGCCCCGCCCUCGAGCGUUUAUUCCCUCGCAACAACUUACACUUACUUCUCAAAGCACCACGGCACUCACAAGGAGGGCGCCCUACCGCGCACAACGGAAGUGAAAGGGGAAGGGCCCAACCCAUGCCCUUUCUUUCCCAUCCUCGGUUCUGGUGCGGAUUCUCGAUGGGAGCUUUAAAUUCCAAGCAUAUCAUAUCGACGGACGGCAAAAAAGGCAGACAAUGCGGUCGGGCAAUUAGUGUCCGUACUGGCGGGCACAGGCAUUCUUAACACUACUUACAUUUUACUGCUAAGCUGACUAGUGGAAAUGGGAAGAGUAACACAAGAGAAGAGAGGAAAAGAGAGAGAGAAAGAAGGAAAAGGGGAGAAUAGGCAAGGUCACUAUUCAAUACGGCGAGAGGAAGGAGAAUAAGAAAGGAGCAUAAGGGAAGGUAGGUUGGCAUCGCACACGACAGUGAAACUAACCUAUUUUUUGAUACAAAUUUACAAUACGAUAAGAGAUUGCAUUAACCAUGGCGUUCCUUGGCGCACGCCAUUAGAACAUGAAGCAAAAAGCGCAAUGGACUCAACACGCGGUCGGUGCACUGAGUGUGUCAAUGGAACGAAUGCGACGAUCGAUUGUGAAUUCUAUUUGGUGAAGGUUACAGUGGUAGGAUUUUUCGGGAAAAACGAGAAGAAAUUGUAGUGUGAAAGAGAGCGAAAGAGGGAGAUGAAAAUUUUCCACGAUCAUGGGUCGAGAGCGAGUGAAGUUCCUUCUGAGGACAGGAGCUGAAUUGCAUGGGUAUAUCAUUGUAUUGAGUUGUAAUGCGGUUUGCAUACUGGAAGGGAACGCAUUGUACCUACCGAUACUAGCGCGAUUACGUUGAUUUUAAACCGUGACUUUGAGACACAAGAUUGUUUGCUAUUUUAUCAACAAUAAUAUGUAAAAAGAAACGCAUGAUUGAUCGUUCGAAACAUCCUGUCCUAAAAAAUUGGGGUGCUACAGGUGAAGUACCAUGCGUCUCCAUUCUGUGCUUCUCUGCAGUUGAAGUACCAUGCGCCUCCAUUGGGUAUCUCCCUACUAACGUUCCUGUCCUAGAAGCUUUUUUGCAGGACCUCACGCGCACACUCAUCUCGACGCUUUAUGAUACGCUUUUCCAAUACCUAAUUGAUUGCACCAAAGAGCCGUUUACGUUUACAACUUUAGUACAGCGGGAAAGAAAGCAACAGAAAAAAGCAACAAAAAAAACACGAUAGAAUAGCUUACACUGUUUGUGAAACGAACAAAAAGGACUUACAAUUGCUUUUUGCAACGAAUUUCAACUAUUGCUACUCUAUCUAUUUGCCAGCUAAAUGCAUCUGUUUAGAGCAGUUUGUCAACAAAAAGAAAAUACUCUGUGUUUUCUGCAAUGGAGCUCUAGAUGUGAUGAUCAUUUAAUGUUUCGUUCUCUACAUUUAGCCAACUUUACCUUUUUUAGACUGCACACUCUAUACAACCGCCAGUACAUACAUUUUUUACGCACGAAAUGUCACGGAAUACGGGCUGAUGGGACAGCGUUCGCUCAGUUCGUUUAGAACGCUAAGGUUAGACGGUGAUUAGUGCAGCUUAUACUAAAACAAGAAAACGAAACGUCUUGUUAGUGUGCGCGGCUAGGCAUUACCGGCAGGCAGCAAUUGCAUAUUGUGAAACAGACCAACACCGGUGACGAUUAGCAGCAUUCAAAAAGUGGACGGGGACAAGGAUAAGGGCCAUUAAACUCAUUACACGUAAAAACGAAGUCUAGAAGAAAAGGGAGAGAAGAUAUUAAAAUAGUAUCACUGUGCAAGUAUCCUUUCGGGUGUCCCAAGAUAGAGGUAGGGGAAGGAACCAAAUUAACUAAAUAACGAACAAGCAAACAAGAAACCAAUGACUAACGCAGAAGACGUAGACAGGCACAAUGUAAGGAUCUGGAACCAUUCACUAACAGAAGCGAACAAAUGGAGCAAAGGAAAUGCUUAGCUGAAAACUAAACAAGAAGAUAAUUUUCGUCACGAAUUGUUUUUCUUUAUUAGUGAUAUUUUUGCCUUUUUUGGAAUGGAGCAAAAGAGUGUAACAAUCACAGCUUCGAAACACGUUUUAGUGUGUAUAUAGGGUGUGUCGUUAGCAGCAAACAACAGGUGAAGGCUAUUAUUUAAUUAGUGAAUGUAAAACAUUCGUAUGAAAAUCACAAACCAGUGAGAUAUACAUUUUCCUACCAGCAAAACUUUGUUCUUUCUAUAAUAGUUUUGAUGUAAUUACUGUACUGUACUGUACGUCAUAAAGCGGUUCGCUUGCUAUCUAUGCGUUCUAGGCUCUUGCAUCGAUCAUUUGCUAUGAAAGCACGCAUAAAGAAGAGGAUUUGAUUAAUUUAUUUAAUCUACCAACAGUUUGAAUUUAGCAUUACUAGCCCCAAUUGGUAUAAAUUAGUAAACUUUAUGUUAUCCAUUUUUUUAAUUGCUUCAAUCAAUUCCGCUUGGCUUGUAACUGACACGUAAACUAUGUUAGCUGUUAAUUUCAUUUUCAAGCUUCAUUUAGUGAAAGCAUAUGAACAAACAAGAAACAAAAUUAUGCCUAAAAUCAGAAAAACAAACAUAAAUGAUACAACAUUCCCGCAUGCACUGUACGAAAAGCGAUACAACACUCAUACAAGAUUCAUCAUUAUCGUAGCCUAACCAUAAACCAUUAACGUCAUGCUAAACUAUUAAACCCCGAAAAAGAUAAUCUGAGCGAUAGAGAAAAAGAAAACUAAAGUUAGAGAGAGAAAAGGGAGAGAGAGAGAGAGAGAGAGAGAGAGAGAAAGAGAGAAAACAAACAAACGAAUUACACUCAACAGCGCAAAAUGUAAUAGAGUUGUAGUCAAAAACACAAACUGAACAAAAGAACGAACAGUAAACGAACGUAUGUUCCAUUUCCCAUUGCACUGGUAAAAACAUACACACACACAUCACAUACUGUAAAACAAACAUGUUUCUCCUUCAUCCCCCAUGGUUAAGGUGGGGCGGAAUGGUUCGGUAUUGUUUGUGCUAGUUAGCAACAAACCAUUUUCAUUUCUCUCCGGUUCGAGGUACAAGCGACAAAUACAGAAGAAACAAAUAAGUAACCGCUCAAAUGCUCAUACAUAAAUAAGGCAGUCGUCGAGGAUGAAGGUAGCGAAGAGGAACCGAAAAGGAAGCCUCAGGAAUAUUUCCCAUUGUGUUUGCGCCGUAUGCAUCAGUACGGUGUCCUGUAAUUUCUAAUGGUUAACCUUAAUCCCGGGACUGUCCCAUUCCGCCCCGAACGAAUGUACCAUAAACCGACACAUUCAAAGGCAUACAAGCGUGAGGUUUAAUUGCGAACCAAAAGCUAAAACACUUACACACACACACACACACACACAGCUUACAGUACGAUCCUGCGUGUCGUGUCGUGCGCAGGAAGCGGAAAAUUGCAAGGAGAUAAUACUCUAUAUGUCUCAACCACUGCCACAGCGUACGAAGAUAUUUAAUGUGUAAAGGAAGCUUACAAACCGGUAACAAAACCCAAACACACACUUGGAAAGUAUGGUGUUUUCCAAAUAACGACAAAAUGAAGGCAAAAUUAACUUAAACAAGCAAAAACAAAUCCUAACCCUUAAUACCACAAAAAUGCAACGGUUAGCGGGUGUGUAAGUGGUUAAGUAAAUCGACAUUCCCUUUAUCGUCAUACAGCAGUAGUAGAAAGCAGAAAGGAAGAAAAACACAACAGCAACAGAUUGAAAUAAAUAAACACAAAACAAAAAUACACGGAAUCGGAACUAGGAAGGAUUUAGAAAGAAAAAAACAUAAGACAAAAGGAAAGCAGCGUGUGUAAAGAAAAUCACACACGAUUGAAUUAAGGAUAACAAAGAAGCAAAAUAAUCGCUGCUAGAUUGACGCUACUAGGGUGUACGGUUCGGUACGGUACAUUGAAAGUAACUCGUGUAAUGUAGGAACAAAAGUAUGCAAAUAACGAAAAUGGAGCAUAACAAAGAAAAAUAACAAUAGCAGCAGUACGAUUAAAACUAAAACGUCAAACAAAUAGUGUCGAACGAAAAGAAAUUGGAAUACCCAACAAAAAAAAAACCAACUAGCUACAUACACACAAACAAAGCGAGAAAGAGAUCGAAAUAGGAGAAAAAAACAAACAAAAUAGAAAACUAAA